AUGAUUUCAGCCUUGGGAACCCUGAGCAGAGAACUCAGUUAUGCCUUGGCUGUGCUAGAAAUUCUGACUUACAGAAUUGCAGUCUUGAAACUUCAGCAGGGCGCCGUGGAAGCCUACGAGCAGGUCCAAAAGGAGCCCCUGAAGCUGAAAGGCGUCGCAGAGCUCAGAGUGACUAAGCGGAAGAAGAAAAAAAAGGACAAGGCGAAACUCCUGUAAGCGAUGGGAACGGGCAAAAACGAGGAGGAGAAGUGGCGCAGCCUGGACAAGCGGACACUGGCCCAGGUGGCCUCUGAGAAGAAGCAGGAGAAAUGGCAAAUGGAAAGGAUCCUGAAGAAAGCAUCCAAAACCCACAAGCAGAGAGUAGAAGACUUCAACAGACGCCUGGACACGCUCACGGAGCACUAUGACAUUCCUAAAGUUAGCUGUACAAAGUAG